UGGACGUUUCGUUCGUCGCGCGUUCGGGAGCAAAAAAAACGAAAAAUGAUUAAAACCCAACGCCCGCCCAGAGCCAAUAAGAUUAGCAAUUGCAGAGCAGUUGCAGAGUGCCAUGUGUGAAGUGCAUCCGCAGUUGUACAAUGCAAAUGCCGAAGGACAAUAGCAACAAUGCCAGUUCGAUACAUACACACAGACGAGGGCCGAUGAAAAACUGGUAUAUAAAAGACGCCAAAAGCUUGCGAAAAAGAGAGCAAACGCGCCCCUAACUUGGCUGCAGGAUAUCCAAGAAAAGGCGACUCAAAACAGGCGACGAUUUGACAGGGACAGGAUAAACAAGAAGAGCAACAAACCGUCCGCGAUGUCACAACAACACCCCCAUCACGCCCACCCCCACUACCACCACUACCCGCCCCCUGCGACGCCCAUGUCCCUGCAGCAGCAGCAGCCGCAACAGCACCAGCAGUCGCAACAGCAGCAGCAGCAGCACGCCAAUUGGUACUCACAUGUUGCUUCCUACCCCACACCCCACUCGGCCUUCAGCUCCGCCCACCCCUCCCCCUGCAAGGCCACCAACAACAACAUCAUCAUGGGUGGUGGCUAUGGCUCAGGGGUACCAGGGGGUGUUGGUGGUGGCACGCAGGGGUAUUAUGGCGCCGCUGGCGGUGGCCUCAAUGUCAGUGGGGCGGCGGUGGGUGGUGGCCCAGGCUACGGCCUUGGGGCCAACACAGUGGCAUAUGCCCACAACCAACUGCUGCAGUACCAACAACAGCAACAGCAACAACAGCAGCAGCAACAUCAGCAACUUCAACAGCAUCUAAACCCGCAGCGCUCCUAUAUGGGCCACGAAAUCAUGACCGGCAGCUACCCUUAUAUCAAAAGCGAACCGCUGGAGGCUUUCCAGCAGCCCCCCAAUCCCAUGGCCCCGCCCCCAGCUCCAGAAAUAUUAAUAAAAUCGGAACCUAUUGAUGAACAUUCCUACAAGUCCAACUAUAUAGACGAUAACACGCCAUUUGCCGACUUCAGCAAGUUCAGCGAAUUCAGCGAGGACAUGCUGAGUCCCAAAGUGGAGUUGACCGUCAAGGAUGAGUCCUACGGAAGAAAUCCCAACAGCUUUCUGCGCCGGAAACAGCAGUUGGAUCGCAGCGCCGAAAGUCUGCCGAUCUGCCAGCGUUGCAAAGAGGUUUUCAAGAAGCAAACCUAUCUGCGGCAUGUGGCCGAGAGCAACUGCGGCAUACAGGAGUACGACUUCAAGUGCAGCACCUGCCCCAUGUCCUUCAUGACCACCGAGGAGCUGCAGAGGCACAAGCACCAGCACCGGGCAGACAGGUUCUUCUGCCACAAGUACUGCGGCAAGCACUUUGACACGAUCGCAGAGUGCGAGGCGCACGAGUACAUGCAGCACGAAUACGAGAGCUUUGUGUGCAACAUGUGCUCAGGAACCUUCGCCAAUCGAGAGCAGCUAUAUGCACAUCUUCCUCAACACAAGUUCCAGCAGCGAUUCGACUGUCCCAUCUGCCGUUUAUGGUACCAGACAGCCCUCGAGCUUCACGAGCAUCGCCUGGCAGCACCAUACUUUUGUGGCAAAUACUACACGGGCGGACAGUCCUCCUCAGCUUCACAGCCGCAGACACAGCAGCACCAAAACCAGACGAAUUACAAGCUACAAGAUUGCCAUAUGGCAACCAUGGAAAUGCCCACCGCCCCGCAUCACAAAUCUAACCCAUCCAGCUCAUCCUUGCCGGCUACAGCUGCACUAAAUUCACUGCUGCAGCAGCGGCAGGCGAAUGCCGAUGGAGCGGCCAUGUUUGCCGCAUCCGCGCUGAAGAAUGAGGUGAAUGUUAAGCUAGAGCGUAGCUAUAGCAACUCGACCAGUGAGUCAUCCUACAGCGUUCAGGAUAGCAGCUACAACAAUGCCUAUGGCAGCGAUAGCUCCAUCCACGGCGGAGCCAUCGCGGGUCCGCAGGCCCAUUCUUCCACGCUGGACGACUCCGAGGACGCCCUGUGCUGUGUACCGCUGUGCGGAGUGCGCAAAAGCACAAGUCCCACGCUGCAGUUUUUCACGUUCCCCAAGGACGAGAAGUACCUCAACCAGUGGCUGCACAAUCUCAAGAUGUUCCACAUACCCGCCGCAAGCUACACCAAUUUCCGCAUCUGCAGCAUGCACUUCCCGAAGCGCUGCAUCAACCGCUACUCGCUGUGCUAUUGGGCGGUGCCCACCUUCAACCUGGGCCACGACGACGUAGCCAAUCUCUACCAGAACCGGGAACUUACCAACACCUUUACUACCGGCGAAGUAGCCCGCUGCAGCAUGCCACACUGCACCAGCCAACGGGGUGAGAGCAACCUGAAGUUCUACAAUUUUCCCAAGGACAUCAAGAGCCUGAUCAAGUGGUGCCAGAACGCACGACUUCCUGUGCAGGCGAAGGAGCCGCGACACUUCUGCAGCCGCCACUUUGAGGAGCGCUGCAUCGGCAAGUUCCGACUGAAGCCCUGGGCGGUGCCCACUUUGCAUCUGGGUGCCCAAUAUGGCAAGAUACACGACAAUCCAAAGAAUCUCUACGUGGAGGAAAAACGCUGCUGCCUGAACUUCUGCCGCCGAAGCCGAUCCUCUGACUUCAAUAUGUCGCUAUAUCGAUUCCCCAGAGACGAGGUGCUCCUGCGGCGCUGGUGCUAUAAUCUCCGCCUGGAUCCGGGAGUGUAUCGCGGAAAGAACCAUAAAAUAUGCAGCGCCCACUUUAUCAAGGAGGCGUUGGGUCUGCGGAAACUAUCACCGGGUGCCGUUCCAACGCUCCACCUGGGUCACACUGACACCUUUAACAUCUACGAGAACGAGCUGUGGCCCCCGCCGACAGCCUCUGGCAGUGGCCUCCAGCAGCACCAGGCGCAACAUCACACCUCGCAACACUCAUUGCAGCAGCAGCUGCACAGCAAAUCCUACCAGCGUCACUCGGCGGCCUCUACGUCGUCCUCGGCCAGUUCUGCCACCUCGCACUACGUGGAUCCGGAAAUGAACGCCUCCUAUCUGGCCAUGGGUGCCGGCGGAUCCUCGGCGAUUAACGCCAGCGACUGCAUGGACAUCUGCUGCGUGCCUAGUUGCGAGAGCAAGCGGCACAACAACGAGAACAUUACAUUCCACACCAUCCCACGCCGGCCGGAGCAAAUGCGCAAGUGGUGCCACAACCUGAAGAUACCCGAGGAAAAGAUGCACAAGGGCAUGCGGAUCUGCAGUCUGCACUUCGAGCCCUACUGCAUCGGCGGCUGCAUGCGUCCGUUUGCGGUGCCCACCCUUCAGUUGGGUCACGAUGACGAGGAUAUUCAUCGGAAUCCGGACGUGAUUAAGAAGCUCAACAUCCGGGAAACGUGCUGCGUCGCCGUUUGCAAACGAAAUCGGGACAGGGACCAUGCCAACCUGCAUCGGUUCCCUAGCAACGUGUCGCUACUGACAAAGUGGUGUGGCAAUCUGCAGCGGUCUGUUCCGGAUGGCAGUAAGCUUUUCAACGACGCCAUCUGCGAGGUGCACUUCGAGGAUCGAUGCCUGCGCAACAAAAGGCUAGAAAAGUGGGCGGUGCCCACCCUGAUUCUGGGUCACGAGAACAUCCCCUAUCCGCUGCCAACGCCGGAACAGGUGGCCGAGUUCUACGCUCGACCCACGGCUCCCAAUAAUGGCGAGGAGCAGGGCGAGUGCUGUGUAGAGAGCUGCAAGAGGAAUCCCAGUGUGGACGACAUCAAGCUAUACCGGCCGCCUGAGGAAGCCUCUGUGCUGGCCAAGUGGGCGCACAACCUGCAAACGGAGGCCGGUCAGCUGACGAGUAUGAGGAUCUGUAAUCUUCACUUCGAGGCACACUGCAUUGGCAAGCGAAUGCGGCCGUGGGCCAUACCCACACUAAAUCUGGCAGGUAACAUAGAGAAUCUCUACGAGAAUCCGGAGCACUCAAUGCUGUACAAGCGACGAACUCAUGCAAAGACUAAGCUUCCGGCCUCGGUGAAGCCCACUUGGGUGCCCAGGUGCUGUCUUCCACAUUGCCGCAAAGUUCGAGCUCUUCACAACGUCCAACUGUAUCGCUUCCCCAAGCUCAAUCGCUCCACUCUGGCCAAGUGGUCGCAUAAUCUGCAGGUUCCCAUGGUGGGUAGUGCCCAACGCCGGCUAUGUUCGGCUCAUUUUGAGCCGCAUGUGCUGAGCAAGAAGUGUCCGGUGCCGCUGGCGGUGCCCACGCUAGAUCUUAACUCUCCGCCCGGCCUGAAAAUCUACCAGAAUCCGGCCAAGCUGAAGGCAAGCAAGCUGUGCCUACAGCGGGUGUGCAUAGUAGAAAGCUGUCGCAAGACGAGGGCGCAGGGCGUCCAGCUAUUCCGACUUCCCCAUAGUCCCACGCAGCUGCGCAAGUGGAUGCACAACAUCAAGACGCGUCCGAGGGCGGCGAUGAGGGCUCAGUACCGGGUUUGUUCCCGCCAUUUUGAGACGCACUCGUUCAAUGGCCGGAGACUAAGUGCUGGCGCCAUUCCCACCCUGGAACUGGGUCAUGACGACGAGGACAUCUAUCCCAACGAAGCUCAGGCCUUUGCGGACGAGCACUGUGUUGUGGAGGGCUGCGAGGCAUCCAAGGAACAGGCGGAUGUGAGACUCUUCCGUUUUCCGACCGAUGACGACGACAUGCUGUGGAAGUGGUGCAACAACCUCAAGAUGAAUCCCGUGGAUUGCACCGGAGUGCGCAUAUGUAACAAACACUUCGAAGCGGAUUGUAUCGGACCCAAGCACCUGUACAAGUGGGCUAUUCCCACCCAAGAACUGGGCCACGACGACGCCCAGAUCGAGCUGAUACCGAAUCCCAAGCCAGAGGACAGGUAUGUGGACCCGGUGUUCAAGUGCAUCGUACCCACUUGCGGAAAGACGCGUCGCUUCGACGAGGUGCAGAUGAACAGCUUCCCCAAGGACCCGAAUCACUUCCAACGCUGGCAGCACAACCUGCGGCUGGAGCACCUUAAUUUCCUGGAACGCGAGCGCUAUAAGAUCUGCAAUGCCCACUUUGAGGAUAUCUGUAUUGGCAAGACACGGCUGAACAUAGGUUCAAUUCCCACUUUGGAGCUUGGUCACGACGAAACGGAGGACCUGUUCCAGGUAAAUCCGGAGGAGUUGCAGAGUAACCUUUUCGGACGCCAGCGGCGGGUUCACGAGGAAUCAGGCGGAAUAAGCAUCAAGCAGGAACUUUCGGAGCCGGAAGACAUUAAGCCGGAUGUGACGAUCAUGUCCGGUCUCAGAGAUCCCAUUACCAGACAGGCUAAGUUCAAGAAAACGAUGUGCGAACUAAAGUGCUGUGUGCACAGCUGUGGACGCAGUCGCCUGGAGCACGGAGCUCGGCUCUUUCCGUUUCCCACCGGCAAGCAGCAGCAUCUCAAGUGGCGCCACAAUCUGCGCCUGGAGCCCGACGAGGUGGACCGUUCGACGAGGGUUUGCAGUGCCCACUUCAAUCGGCGCUGCAUCGACGGCAAGCAAUUGAGGAGCUGGGCAAUGCCCACCCAGCAAUUGGGUCAUCAGGAGCAGCCGAUCUACGAGAACCCAAAGAACAUUCCAGGAUUCUUCACGCCCACCUGUGCCCUCGGUCACUGUCGCAAGCGGAGGAGCAUCGACAACGACCUGCGCACGUAUCGGUACCCAAGAAGUGAGGAUCUGCUGGAGAAAUGGAGGGCGAAUCUGCGACUAUCGCCGGAUCAGUGCCGCGGUCGCAUUUGUGCGGAUCAUUUUGAGGCCCAAGUGCGAGGCAAGCUGAAGCUCAAGACUGGGGCGGUGCCCACUUUAAAACUGGGCCAUGAUGAGGGCUUAAUAUUCGACAAUGAGGCCAUUAAGGUGGGCGUGCCAGAAGAUGAGGAAGGCAGCUCGGAGUUGCCGCGACUGAAGCCCAAAAGGGAGCCAAUCGAUGAGGAGGAGGAAGACGGCGAGGUUGACGAGGAGCACCAUGACCAGGAUAACGAGGAUGAAGAUGAGAAAGACGACCACUAUUUUGAUCCCCUUGAACUGGUUGAGACCUUUGCCGAGCAUGCAUCCGAUGAGGAAGCGGAAUAUCGUGGGGAUGAGGAGGACGAUCGAGACGAAGAGGACCUGGAGGAAGUCCUGCCGGACAUGCCACCCACUCCUCCAAUCGUGCCUCUGCGUCGCGAAAAGCCCGCCAACAAUGUGACGCCCAUUUGCUGCCUCAAGCACUGCAGAAAGGAACGCACUGCCUUUCACUUGCUCAGCACCUUUGGUUUCCCCAAGGAUCGCCAGCUGCUGCUUAAGUGGUGCGCAAAUCUCCACCUCAAUCCGGAUGACUGCAUCGGCCGAGUUUGCAUCGAGCACUUCCAGUCGGAGGUACUCGGAACCCGUAAGCUUAAGCAGAAUGCAGUGCCCACUCUCAAUGUAGGACAUAAUGAGCCACUCAAAUACUCAUACAACGGCGUGGACCAGGAUCAGGAGCAAUCGCCGGCACAGCAGUCGGUUUUUCGGCUUUGGAGCCUAAAACACUGCCGCAAGAGGAAACUAACAGAGCCGCCGGACAUUCGCCCAAGCAAGUGGAAUUCGAUGGAGGUUCAGAUGAUGCGGAGAUUGAAGAUGGAAAUGCAGAUAGAGAGGGAGAUCAAGAUGGAGAUGAAGAUGGAGCGGGAGAUAAAGACAGAGGCGAAGACUCCAACGAAGAAUCUGAGGGAGAGUGAAGUGGAAAGAUGUUGCAUCAGCACCUGCGAAAACAAGGAUGUUAGCCAGUUACUUCCAAUGCCUGAGGACCCAACUCUUUUAAGAAAAUGGCAGCAUAACCUGAAGCUGUCAAUGGACACGGUGCCAAGCAAGAUUCGCGUAUGCCUGGAUCAUUUUGAGCCGAAAGUUGUGCGAAAUAGAAAGCCCACAGAGCAGGCAGUACCGACCUUAAAACUGGACCAAAUAAGUUCGAACAUCUACAGAAACAACGGGUCGUGUUUGGUGCCCGACUGCGCCAGUUCCCUUUCGGAUCGCUUGAGCUUUGUGGAUUUGCCGGAAAAUAUGGUCAUAAGAGCGGAAUGGAUGUCCUACCUAAAACUGUCUCUCAGUGAGGGACUAUUAUGUGGUAUCCACUUUAUAGAACUGUAUGAGAAUGUGGUUUUGCCAAAGGUUUUGCCCGCACAAGAUUUCGAAAUGCUGCAUUUGACUUUUGAUGAAUUUAAAUGCGCUGUGCCGGACUGCUCCUCCAAAAUUGACCAUGAUCUUCAGCUUGUCCCGCUGCCAGACAAGGAAGUGACUCUUUUUAAGUGGCUGCAUAACACUAAGAUUGCAUACGAUCAAUCAAGGCAUAAGAGCUAUCGCAUCUGUCUGCAUCACUUUGAGCCAACGUGCCUAGAGUCGGAUUUACCGAAGGUUUGGGCUUUACCCACUUUGCAUCUGAACCAUGAGGACAAGAUUCAUUUGAAUCCUGGCCAGGAAUCCCGCAGUGAAACCCCUAAUAGCAACUCCAGACUGACUCCUCUAAGAAUAAAGACAGAUCUUGCCUCACUAGGCAGUCCCUGCGCGAGUGCAAGUCCCAGUCCUCGAGGCAGGAUCAGGAUAUGCUGCAUUCCUUCAUGCGGACAGUUUGGGAAUAGUCAAAUACGUCUCUACCGCUUCCCCACCGAAGAGCAGGCCUUGCUACGUUGGCUGGUGAACACACAGCAACAGCCUCGCCUGGUGGAUCCCCUCGAGCUUUACGUGUGCCAGUCCCACUUCGAACCCGAUGCCAUAUGCAAGAAGCAGCUUCGCAGCUGGGCGGAGCCCACCUUGAACCUGGGCCACGACGGUCAUGUCAUCCCCAAUGCCAGGCACAACGGGAACAUCGCCGACAGCCAGGAGACUGAGCAAGCGAUGACGUUCAUCCGGGAACGCUAUUGCUCCGUACUGACCUGCUUCCAGGCUGAAGGUAAUGGAGUGAGGCUCUAUGAGUAUCCCAAGGAUAUGGCAACUAUACGAAAGUGGGCAGCAGCAUGUCGACAUCGCUCCAUGCAAGCCAGCAGCCAUGGGUUCAAAGUGUGCCAGUCUCACUUUGCUCCGGAGUGCUUCGAUCCUAUCACUUUAGAUCUGAUUGACGGAUCGGUUCCCACUCUGGAGUUGAGUAGAGAUGACAUUGAACGACACUGCCUAGUGUCGGGAUGUGUGAAGGAUGCGACUGGAGAACGUCUGCGCUACUACAAGGUGCCAAAGACUGCGGCUCAGCUGGAUGCCUGGAGUAAUAACCUGAAGAUCAAUUCUAUGGACCUCCUUCAGGGAGAUCAGCUCAUCUGCGAGCGUCACUUUGAAUCCUUUUGCUUUGGUGCCAGCAAGGGACUGCGGCCUGGAGCGCUUCCAACUCUCCAGCUAGGUCAUGACGAAGAGGUGGAGAUGUUACCCAAUCCUGAAAGCCUCUGCCAGAGCAAGUCGCAGGUUUGCUGCGCCCCAGGAUGCGGUAGUAUUUGGCAGCUUGGAGAAACUCACUUCAGUGGAUUUCCCAAAGUAUGGGCGUUGGCCGACAAAUGGAUGUAUAAUCUCCGACUGAAAGCAUCUAAGGAUCAGAUAGGCAAGCUGAAAGUCUGCGGUUCCCAUUUCGAAGCCUCCCUAUUCGAUAAAAGCGGAUUAAUAUUUGGUGCGAUCCCCACUCUGGAGCUGGGUCAUUCCUCUCCGGACAUUUUUCAAACGGAUAAGCAAAGCCUUGGCAAGAGCUUAAAGUUGUCCAAGCGUUCCCAGAUAGCGGAGACCGAUUGCUGUUAUCCUGAGUGCAAGGAACUGUCUAAAAGCUUGUCAUUCAAUCUGCCCCAGGAUGAGCACCUUAGAAUAGCAUGGUUGCGUCAUUUGGGCAUGGAAGAGCCGUCGAAUGGUGUCGCACUGCUUUGCCCGCUGCACUACGUCAUUCUAUAUGAGCUUAGUGUCAAAAGUUUUCCAGAGCAUGUUCCAAAUCGAAUACUUGAGGAUAAUUACCAUUCUGCUAGGAGCAACAGGCGUGUAAAGAUCGUUAGCUGUGCGGUCAGAGGUUGUGAUAUGAUCCGGCCCCGGGAUAAGGUUCUCCUGCACGGAUUGCCGCAAAGAAAAGACAUCCUGAUGAUGUGGGUAGAAAAUGGCCAGUUGGAGAUCACCGAGCAGCAGCAACAGUACAUGCUCAAGGUAUGCCGCAAUCACUUUGAGUCACGAUGCUCGUUUGACGACAGGCGUUUGCAUCCUUGGAGCGUUCCCACUCUACUUUUACCAGCUGAUCCAGUGUAUCAGAUUCCCACCAAAGAGGAGUGGCUGGAGAUGACGGCCAAAAUUAGACAGGAUCCAGGGGAAAUCAAUGAGGAAAGGGAGGAAGAGCUGCCGGUGCAGGAAGAGGAUGAGGCGGAUAACUCUCUGUUGGAGCCAAUUGUGAGAAUGGAGCACAUCGAGUCGGAGGAGGAAGACUCGGAGAUGCAGGCCCUGGAGGUGCUCUUGGAGGUCGGUCACGUUGAGCGGAUGGACAGCUACGAACACGUGGACACCGAACAUGCAACCUACCAAUCUGGUGGCAUUCGGAACCAGUAUAAUGCGAACCACUGCGCCGUUGAGGGAUGUGAGGUGACCGCCGAGGACGUGGACGGAACCAUCAAGCUGCACAAGUUUCCCGCCUCUUCGGAGGCCGCCCAAAAGUGGAUGCACAACACCCAAGUUCACAUGGACGAGAAGUUCUGGUGGCGCUAUCGCAUUUGCAGUUACCAUUUCGACCAGGAGUGCUUCCAGAGCGCCAGGAUUAAGAAGGGAGCGAUGCCCACACUGCUUUUGGGACCUAAUAGACCGGACAAGCUGUACGACAAUGAAUUCGCAUUGCAGGAGGCAGAAGAGCCGCCUCCCUUGCCAGCAGAAGUUCUGUUAGAGGAGCAAGAGGAGCCGCUAAUUGAAAAGGUGACCAAUCUGUGCCUGCCGCCGCCAGCUCCGCCUCGAAAGUCUAGCAAGUUUUGCCAGGUAGACGGAUGUACGAAUCACCUGACCACCGAGAACAUGACGCUACACAAGUUUCCCCACUCAGAGGACAUGUGCCUCAAGUGGCAGCACAACACGCAGGUGCCAUUCAAUCCCUACUACCGGUGGCGGUAUCGCAUCUGCAGUGCCCACUUCCAUCCCGUGUGCCUGGUGAACAUGCGCCUAGUCCACGGCAGCGUGCCCACCUUGAAGCUGGGAACUAAGGCUCCCACCGAGCUCUUCGACAACGACUUCGAGGCCAUCAACCUAAGGCUGGACAAGCGGUCGGGAGCGGAGCCAAGUUCCGUGCAGAUCAAGGAGGAACGGGAUGAGGAUGAAGACUCAAUGCUGUUCCUAGAGCCCGAACUGCAGCUGCACGAAGACAAAGAGGAGGAGGAAAUGGCAGAGACGCAAAUACCCUUCAAUCACUCCAACUGGAAGAGCCAGCUCCGCCUGCCCGUAAAACAGGUGAAGGUGUACUACAACCAGGUGAAGUCAGGCUACGAUAAGUGCUCGUUGAGUCAUUGCCAGCGACAGAGAUCUCAGCACGGCGUCCACAUCUACAAGUUUCCGAAAUCAAAGCAACAACAGGACCGUUGGAUGCACAACCUCCGCAUUCGUUACGAUGAGCGGCGACCCUGGAAGUUCAUGAUCUGCAGUGUGCACUUUGAGCCACACUGCAUCAGUCUGAGAAAGCUGCGUCCCUGGGCGGUGCCCACGCUGGAACUGGGCGACAAUGUGCCGGAGAAGAUCUUCACAAACGAGCAAUGCCAGGAACUUUCCACUGAUCGCAGCGAGGCGGACAGUGAAGGCGACGAGGAGGAGGAUGGCCUGCAGGAGGACGAGGAAGAGGAGGAGGAAGAGUAUGACGAGGACAUGGAGCCGGAGGUUCGCGUCAAGCGGGAGCGACGUUCCAAGCUGGAUCCUUGGCCUCCCGGGCAGGUUCCGCCCUGGAAGGUCAAGCAGUGCUGCCUUCCAUAUUGCCGUGCUUUCCGGGGUGAUGGCAUCAAGCUUUUCCGACUGCCUAACAAUCGCAACUCCAUCCGCAACUGGGAAGUGGCAACAGGAAUGGUUUUCAAGGAGUCACAGCGAAACACUCGUCUGAUCUGUAGCCGCCAUUUCGAGCCCGAGCUGAUUGGAGUAAGGCGUCUCAUGCGAAACGCCAUCCCCACAAGGCAUUUGAAUUCCCAAGGAGCACCUGACGAUGUGAAGAGGAAGCCGGAUCCUCCUGUUCCCAUUGCAACUUGCUGCAUGGCUGACUGCCAUCACAAUGGAAACGUCAAGCUGCACAAGUUUCCCAGUGAUCCCGCGCUGCUUAGGCAGUGGUGCCAAGCACUCCGACUAACGGAUACGCAACGAUACCGGGGCAAACAUAUCUGCUCGGUCCACCUGCCCACCGACAAGACGAUUAGCUGCGUUGUCUGCGGGGUGGACAACGUUCAGCUGCCGAUGCUGGACUUUCCGCAGCAGCGCAAUCAACGCGCAAAGUGGUGCUACAAUCUCAAGAUCGAGGCCAUACCAAAGUGGGACCACUCCAAGCACAUCUGCUGUCGUCACUUUGAGUCCCAUUGCUUUGUCCAGCCGGAUGAACUACGACCAGGAGCGAUUCCCACGCUGCAUCUGAAUCACGAUGAUACAAACAUAUUCCUUCUCGACUAUGCCGCUGGUCCGACGGGCAAUCGGAUCAAAGACGAGCCCUUGUUCAACGACGACAUGCUGCUGGUUUAGUCUACCCACAAGGAAUCAUUUUAGUCUAGUUUUAGCUGUACCAUUUUAUAGACCUUUUUGUACAUUCAUUGUACCAAUGCCACAUCACGUCUUCUAGUUUUACCAUGUAGUCUCUACCGGUGAUUUUAAUGCGUUAUUAACUCGUAAGUGGCUUUAGGAUAAAACGCCAUACAAAGAAACAAACAACACACAAUGUUCCUUAAGUUUUUGUUUUUACUUUUUAUACAUCGUACUUUAACUGUGAAUGAAAUGUGUUUUAGUUUCCAUGAUACAUAUAUAGAUAUAAACUAUAGACGCAUACAUAUUAUGUAAUAUCCUUGAGCGUAUAUGUGUAGACUUGUAGAAGAUGACCCAAUAAUAGUUGGUGUUUUUCUAAAUAUACAUAUUACUGAAAUUGAAACUGAGCGAAUUGAAAAGAGUAUGAUUAACUCAUAAUAUCAUACAUAGCAUUUCUUUUUGGGAAAAAGGCUCUGUAAAUCAAAAAUAAAAGGUAUUCCUUACUAACAAAUAUGGUAA